CCAUCCUCUCCCUUCAUUUCAUUUUUCCUUCUCUCCCUCCAGCCCCUUUUCUUUGGGCUUCCUCCCCGCCUCCCCGGCGUGGAAAUCCGGCUGGGUGCCAGGUGGAGAGAAACAGGCUCCGUCUUUCAUCUCCCCCCCUCUCUUUUUUUCCUUGGGUCUCCCCCCCCCCCCGACCCUCUUCCCCCAGCAGCGCCCUCCCUCCGGCCAGAGGCAGCCAGCAGGAUGGGCGAGCCCGAGGAGGGACCUGGGGGGCUGCGGGGCUUCUCCCUCGACAAGGACUUCCUGCGCUCCCCCAAGGGGGUGGUGAUGGAGGCAGAGCUGGGCCUCUGCUUCCUGGUCUUCCUGCUGCUCACAGCUUCCAUUUCCGCCUACAUGGGUGCAGCCCUCCUGGAAGUCCUGGUGACACUGGCGUUCUUGGGACUGCGGGCAACGCACUACUACGAGCGCCUCACACGCGUCAACUGGCCCUGCCUGGAUUUCCUUCGCUGCAUCAGCGCCGCAAUAGUCUUCACGGUAGUGGCCUUUGCCGUCAUUGCUGCCAGCCACGAGGGAUCUGCGGUGUCUGCCUUUGUCUUCAGCCUGAUUCUCAUUACUGUCUUCUGUUUCGACGCCUACAAAACAUACAGAGCAGAAAUGGAGUCGGACCAGGGUAAGUGGCGCCGGGGAGAGGGUGGGAUCCUGGUGCUGCCAAGGAGUGGGCGCAGUCGUGGCAUGGAUGAGAUCUGUGGCAGGAAAACGGGGGCCUCCCUGCAGGGGUGA